AUGAUCACUGCAAGGCUUGCGCUUGUUCCUGACGGAUCUCCUCGUAGCGUCGAGCUGUUCAGGCUGCGCGACAAGCUUGGGGCUGCCAAGACUGCGACGGAAAUGUUCCGCGUCUUCAGCCGGUUCAAUGCGCUCUUUGUUCGUCCCCGGAUUCGAAGGGCCAUCCAGGAGUACCAGUCUUCUUUGAUCCAACAGGUGAAGGGUGAAGGAGGACGUGCCAGGAGAAGUUCAAGGAGACCUAUGAGGGCACCCAGGUCGGAGAGCAUCGCCUCACAGCGUGCAUGGUGGCCCCCUUCCUUUUGGAGGCAGCUCGAGCGCCUGGCCAUCUACAUGAGCCGUGUCGAGGACUCUAAGAAAUUUGAUGUGAGUAUGCGAAUCUUCGACAUCCAGCAGGGCUAUCAGACCUACCUGCUAUUGGUCAACUUCGAUGAGCAGAUCAUCACGCUCUUCAAGGAGGCCAGGGCCACCUCCGUUGCGAUCCAACUCGCACCCACUCGGGCUGCCAGACCUUUCGGAGGAUUUGGUUAUGCCCGCCUGUGCAGCGGCUUCUUCGCCUACGCCAUGUUUGCUCGCAGCGCGUUGAAUACUGCAUGUUCGGCACUCGUUGGAAGAAGCCAACCAUGUUUGUCGGGGCACACCUCAACUUGGAGCCUCUUCAGCCUUACCUUUGUCACAGCAGUCGUCGAGGACUCUGCUGCCGCUCUCAACGCGAGCACGUGCCCCUGGCAGGACAAAACAAUCGAGGACAGUGGCUUACUAAGGUCUCUGAACCUUAUCCUCUGCCUCUUUGUCGUCUACUGGCCCGCUCAACUUUUAUCUCCAGCAACUUGGUUCAGAGUUUGGUCGGCAUGUGAUGCCAGAGAGCACGCUGUAAUGGGAGUUUCAGUGCUGGUAUGGGUGACUUCAAGAUCGCUGUACAUGUACUUUGCUCCUCACUUUCGCUGCUCCUUGCUACCUGCAGAGCAUUCGUGA